GCGGGAACGUUCGAGAAAAACGUUUCUCUCUGUCCCACUUUCGUAAUCCACUAACUAAUGUCUGAGGGACUAGAAGCCGACUUUUCCAGUGAUGAGGUGUUUAACAGCCGGUUUCCCAUCCACCGCGCCUGUCGGGAUGGAGAUGUUGGAGCUUUGGUCUCACAGUUACAGCAGCUCUCAAACCAGGCUCAUCUGACUGUUGAGGACUCAUGCUACGGAUGGAGCCCUAUACACUGGGCUGCUCACUAUGGGCAGUUGGAGUGUGUGGUGCGCCUGGUGCAGCUGGGUUGUGAGGUGAACACAGUGACCAGCCGCUUCAACCAGACACCCACACACACUGCAGCGUUUGGAGGACAUCCUCACUGUGUGGUCUGGCUGACUCAGGCUGGAGCCGACGUCAACAUGCAGGAUUUUGUAGGCGAGGCUCCCAUCCACAAGGCGGCUCGUUCAGGUAGCUUGGCGUGUAUCCAGGUCCUGCUGAUAGCAGGUGCUAAGCCACAUUUAAGGAAUGCCAGCGGGCAGACAGCAGCGGACCUGGCCCACGCUCACGGCUUCCUCGACUGUUUCGGCUUCAUCUCCAAAACCAAGAAGCACCUGCUGCAGCUCAGUGGACUCCAUGUCAAUGGAGGACAGAAUGGAAACAGCGCCCCGUGUGGCCAGGGCCUGCUCAGCAGAAAGAGGCUGCUGGCAGCGGUGGACACUGGUCACAUGAAGAAAGCCAGGGGAGCUGAGCAUGUUUUGGGACAGAUGCAGGCCAGUGGAGGUGAGGAGCUGGAGAGCAUGAACAUGGAGUCUGCACAGGAGCUCAACUCAGCAGAUGACGACACCAAAGCCCCCACCAAUGGCCAUUACUACACACUGCCUUAUGACCGGGAUGGCUACGAGCCACCCAAAAGCAUCGCCUCGCCGCCUACCGCUCCAGCCAAUCAGCAGCCAGCAGUGCCUGCUCAGCUUUCUGACAUGUGUGGUUCCCUGCAUCUGGCCGGCAGUCCCAGCAGCUGUGUGUCCCACCGCCCGCCCCGGCGGGGGCUGACGGGAGCAGACUGCGGGGACGUCCUGCAUUACGGACACUACCACGGCUUCGGAGACACGGCGGAGGAGCUGAGCGACAGCGGCUGCCUGGACUACAGCAGCAGCAUCCGGGCGGAGCACAGAUACAAGCAGGCUGUGGCCAGCACCGUCCACCUCUACCACGACUCCUAAAGACAGAGGACCGCCUUUCACAGCCAGCCUCCUGGGAAAAGGGACGCACUGCUCUUUCAUAUGCCUUCUCUCGCGGAAAAGAACACUCUCACAUUUUGGGGAAUAAUCCAUUUGCUGCCAAACCCAGAGUCACUAUUACAGACAUCCAGGACACGGUUACCCCCCCCCCCAUAUUGGAAAGCCUAUCUUCCCCAAAAGAGAAAGAAUUCAGACGCUAAUCAGUAUAGUCUAAUUAACAUAUUGGAGUUCAACAUAGUCAAACUAAGUAAUACAGUAUGUACCACUGUCAUAUUUUAUACAUAUAUUUGCAUUUUGGGACAUUUUAGUUUUUUCAACAUCAACCCAUUUCAGACUGUUUUGAAUUAGUUGCCAUGGCAUUAGGACUCAGCUAGUAUGUAAUAGUCCUGACCUCCAUGUGGGGUUGCCAGGUGACCAUACUGUCAGAACUGAAGUAAACCCAGGUGUGUCUUGGGUAAAGUGGUGACCAGCUUGCUAACACUUAAUCUGACAGCUUUGCAGCUGUUGAAAGAUGCAAUUAUUUUCUACUUUUGAUAGAUCUGGGCCCCUGCUUGUAGUCUUUGUGCUCUGCUAGGCUUAAGAUAUCUUGGUACUGGAAGUACAGAAAUUAAAGUGAUCCGUUUGACACACAAAAAAACAAGAAUACAUAUUUUAUAAGCCGUGGAGUUUUCUUUCAUCCUGGACAUGGCUUAUAUUGAUAUGAAACAUAUAUCUAUUUUCUCUGAGUAUUACAGCUUUUCUCAAAAUGUUAGACUGCUCCUUUAAUGCUAGUGUUGUCUUUAAUGCAAGUCGAAUGUUGGCUUUACAUAAAAUCGUCCUAAACAUCCCCACUGCAUAUGUUGCAUUGUAAAACACCAUUUCAAUAUACUGUUUUUCAAAAUGAACAGCUGGAGGUGUGGAUUGUUUGGGGUCCGCACCGGUGUAGUCUCGCAUUGCCAGACCUUCCACCACAGCUCUGCAAAGGAGGGUCUGGCUAGGUGCUGCUCUGGUUUAUUGGCUUUUCUUUGAACCAAUCAAAAUUGUCUUGAGGCGGUGCUAAGCAGAAAUCCACCAGAGUUCAAAUGUACAACACAAAGAAAGCAGAAGUUCAGACAUCCGGCUGAAAAAAAUUAUAUAACAUCACGGGUAUAGACUAGCACCUGUGUGACCAUCGAUCAGUGUUGUUUCAUUAUUACUUUCCUGAAUGUCCUGCGUCCUCUUCUAAUCUCCAUUAAUCCACACUGGGGUUGAGCAUAAAGAGACACAUUAUUUUCUCCAAUGUAUUUCUGUACAACAUUGAUUUUUGUGUCUCUGCUACUGCUGGCUGGAUAUCACUAUUAAUAGUGCAGUGCAAAGCAGCCAGCAGUAGCCCUUAGGCCGUGGAUUAUGGAUUAUGUCGGGUUUUGUGCGUGUUGGUGGCCGUCUUCUCCUAACGUGGCCUGAUCUGCCGUACCUUCAGCAGCGAGGACCAACUGCACCGACGAUCCUCGCGAGCCUUGAUCUACCAAAGGGAAUGUUAACGGUUUAGGUUUUUUUUGUUGCUUUUAUUUUGAAACCAUUUGUUAUUUAUGUUUCAGAGCAGAUGAUCCGCUUUUUGAUUAAAUAAUGUACUGUAAUUUUAUAAAGCGUACUGUAGGCUUUUUUGGGAAUCUUUCGGAUAUUGUACCUGAAGGAAUGCCUCUUUUUUGGAAACACUACGUCAGCUGUGUGAAUGUGCACUGCUGCUUUUGACUGGUUUUAUACUUGUUCUGGUUUUGCCUCUUUUGCUAUUAAAACAUGUUUUGCAGUUUCAUAAAAAUGG